CGUGUGGGGGGUGGUCUGUUCAAAAUGGCGGCGCCCUGUCCGAAUGGUUUGGGAAGUUUGGAGUGAAAGUGCCGGUGUCGGAGAGGAAGAUCGCGAGCAGUUCCGUUUGGCGGCCCGCCUUCGUACUCUUCCCCGUUGUUUCCUCGGAUCCCGCCGUAGUUUUUGAGACCGAACUAGUUGAUUGUUCGUGGGGAAGCGACUUGGGCUCGGCGGUCGUGGAGAGAAGGAGGCUUUUCGUUUGAUUGUGGAACCGAGCGUCGUGUGGUGUGAGGCCGGGCCCCAACACCGCCCGAGGUAAAUGAAGGAAAAUAAGGAGAACUCCACCCCAACAACGGCACUGGCAAAUGCAGACCUCAGGAAGCCAUGCUGGUAUUGGGACAAAAAGGACCUGGCCCACACCCCAUCACAACUUGAAGGACUUGAUCCAGCAACAGAGGCACGCUACCGUCGGGAGGGUGCCAGGUUUAUAUUUGAUGUGGGAACACGUUUGGGGCUACAUUAUGACACACUGGCCACAGGAAUAAUAUAUUUUCAUCGUUUCUAUAUGUUUCAUUCCUUCAAGCAAUUUCCACGAUAUGUUACAGGAGCCUGCUGUCUCUUCCUGGCUGGGAAAGUAGAAGAGACUCCUAAAAAGUGUAAAGACAUCAUUAAAACCGCUCGGAGUUUGCUGAAUGAUGUACAGUUUUCACAGUUUGGAGAUGAUCCCAAGGAAGAAGUCAUGGUACUGGAGAGGAUUUUAUUACAGACAAUUAAAUUUGACUUGCAGGUUGAACAUCCCUAUCAGUUCUUGCUUAAGUAUGCUAAACAGCUUAAAGUCCAAUUUUCUCUUUCUGCAGGUGACAAAAAUAAACUUCAAAAGCUGGUGCAAAUGGCUUGGACGUUUGUAAAUGAUAGCCUAUGCACCAUGCUUUGUCUGCAAUGGGAGCCAGAGAUCAUUGCUGUGGCUGUGAUGUACCUAGCUGGUAGGCUGUGCAAAUUUGAAAUCCAAGAGUGGUCAGCUAAGCCCAUUUACAGAAGGUGGUGGGAACAGUUUGUACAGGAUGUGCCAGUGGAACUACUGGAAGACAUCUGCCAUCAGAUACUGGACCUUUAUUCCCAGGGUCAACAACAGAUGCCCCAGGCACCCCAGCCACAACUGCCAACAAUACCAAGUUUGGAGCAACCUAUACCACCACUGCAGGUGCAGCAAACCAAAAAACUUUCACCUCAGUCAACACCACCUCGGCAGAUUAAGCGGCCUGCAGUGGCUUCGCCAAAGGAAGAUGGCAAGACAACUGAGCUACAGCCUCCCAAAAUUCCCAAACUGGAAACCCCACACCCAGUAUUGCCACCAACUACUCACCCUCCUCCAGAACGCAAACCAUCCAUAAGUACAGGGACCAGCAUCAUAGAAAGUGAACCACCUCCAACAGGAAAUGCCUCGGAAGUGGCAAAACCUUCCAUCCCACCACCUCUUCAUCCCCCUACUGUACACCAACAGCCACAGAUUCCUCAACGGCCUCCACCGUCUGCUGCUUACAUAAUGGGGAUGUCAACAACAAGCUCCUACAUGUCUGGGGAAGGUUUCCAAAGUCUGCAGUCUAUGAUGAAGACUGACGGACCGUCGUAUGGAAGCAUGCCAUCUUAUGGACCUCCAACUCAUGUCCCUUACCACCCACACGUGUACCCUAAUCCAUCUGUGCCUCCUCCCACAAAUUAUCCACCCAACAUCCCCCCUCCUAAUCCAGGAUAUCCCCCGCCAGGGUACAAUCCUACUUACCUGCCCCCUCCCCGAAUUCCCCCUGCUCACACGGUGCCACCUCCACCAGCACUGGGUCUUCCGCCAGCCAGUUACCCUCCCCCCACAGUACCGCCUGGGGGGCAACCUCCUGGACCACCACCGCCGCCGCCACCACCAGGCAUGCCACCUGUGGCCGGGCUAACUCGAGGAGGUUGGUUGAGGUAAUGGAUGUUUGGACUUUGGUAAUUGUCAACUGUAAUUUGGCUUGUCAGAAGGUUUGGGGUGGCUCAAAAUGGUUUUGAUCGUCUUAUGUCCCACAUUUGAGUGGUGGUUGUUGAGAUGCAAAUUAUUGAACAGAUGUAUAUACUACUUACUUUUUAUUUUCUGUCAUAUGCUGUUGUUUUGAGGUGCAGGUGAAUGAAGAAGACUUUUUCCUUUUGCACUGAUGCCUCAUUUUUUUGUGUUUAACCACGUUUCUGCCCCUCUCCAUCCCAGCCAAAUAUGCUCCUGCUGCUGUUGUCUACAGUUAAAAUAAACCUGCCCUUGAAACAGUCAAGUGAAAUCAGUGACCAGAGGUUUCAUAAUAUGUUGCAGAAGCUUUCCUCUGCUUUUCUUUUUUCUGCUUUUUUUGGUUUAGUGUAUCAUAAUUAGAACUUAUGCUGAUGUUGAUAACUCAGCUAUCUUGGGUGUUGGACAAGAUAAAGAAUAAGUUAAAGGAAAGUUGGGACUUUUGUACAAAGGAAGGUUUGUACUAUGACCUGUGUUGGGUUUGUUUUUAACGUGGGUGCUGAUGGGCUGUGGAAGAUAUGAUUUGAAUUGACUUUGAUUGUAGUGACUUCCACUACAGAUUACUAAUCUCUAUUAAAUAUUGCUGUUACUUGAGAGCAAGUAAGAAAGUUUUUUUUUUGAAUAUUUGUGCUCUUGCCUUAUAAAGACAGCAGUCGUAAACAUGUUCUUUCUUUGCUCUCAUUGGUCAUUCUUCAUCCAUCAGCUCAGAUAAUUAGUGCUGGUAGAUUUUAAGCCAUAGAGAGUUAUCACUGUAUAUUAUGAUAAUCUCAUUUGGGAGAGCACAUCAUCAAGGCUGGUUGAGAAGUGAUCAAAAGCCGGCAAACUGUCUAACACUAUUGAUUUUCCUCUUCAUGUUCCAGUGGAGAAUUUGUGAAGCCAGUUAUGUGAGCUCUGUCCUGUCUCAUUUCAUUUAAACUUCAAUUCUUGUGUGGCUUCUCUCUUACCAUAGUGUCUAUUGUAAAAUUAACUCUUUCAUCACUAACUUCAUGUUUCAAGUUAGAAUUGUCUGACUGGAGGGAAGGUAUUGGUUUGGACAUGGUAGUUUAGGUACAGGCGAGCUGUGGUGAUUUUGCAUCUUCCCAUCAUUGGUCCCCAACCCCCACUUUCUGUGCUGAGGCAGAGAUUUUGGUUUGUUCCCUCAGAACAAACCCGGAUGGUGUCAGUAACUGUUGUCCCUUGGAGGUUGUCAAACUCAUUCAAUAGUGGCCACUCAUCGUGAUUUGCCAAAUUCUUUCUCGCUGUCAUGCUCACUCUCUGUUAGACAUUCUCUCGCUCUCUAUAAUUUCUCCCCGCCUCACCCGCCCCGCCCCAGUGCAAGGAAGCAGAAGCCAGCUGUCAUACUCUAGUUGUUGUAACAGCUGUACAACCUGCAUGAGCGCUGGCUCUAACUGUUAAACCAUCAGGUUACAUUUUCAUUUUAUCACCCUGUUGUAAACACAACUAGUUGGCGUGUUUUAUUUUUAUGUGGAUUGAUUUGUUACCUUGACGAGGUGGAAUUGAUCUCUUGUUACUUUAUUAAGUUGUUUAUAUUCCCAGAACUGCUGCUUUUCCAACCUCAAUAUUGUCUUUCAAUGGAAAGACUAGAAAAAUAAUGUCUAGGAAGGUAGCCUUGGCUGUGAACUUUGGCUCCUGGUUGGAGAAAACAGGCCUGCACCACUGCUACUGCAGUUAGGACUGUUUCCUUGAUAAUAUAUGCUUGUGUUCAAAAAGAUUAUAAUUGUAUAUGAACUUAAUACUAACUUUUACAAGUACAAUGCAGCAGUGCAUUGGUUUAUGCUGGUCAAAUUAUUACAGUUCAUUGAUUUAUGCUGAUCAAGUGAUUGUUCCAGUCAGUAUCUCAGAUGUACACUGACAAAAUUCAUGCUUUUAAGUUUCAGUUGGAGCACUCCACCUGGACAAUUGGGAAUUUUCAACUGGUCUGUUUAUUUCAUUAGUUUAGAUCCUCUAUUUUUCCAGUUGUCUGUAUAACUUGAGAAUUCUUUGUAAUUUACUCUUUCUCCGUAGACGAUUUGUCUAUAGGUAGAAUUAAGUUUAUUUUUCCAAAAAGUGUCAAAGCCUGAAUGUAACAUACAAGGUUGUACUGUGAGCUGGGCAUUGUCCAGAGUAUUGUACAUUUAGUGGCUAAUUGCAGCCUAAUAAAUUUGAUAUUGGAGCCAA